AUGACGUGUCGGCGGUGGAAUCAAGUGACGCAGAACGUGCCAGCGCUGUGCCUGGGAUCGAGUGACGGAGGCGCGACUGCUAACCAGGAGCCGUACUUGACGUUGGAGCGCCAAACGUCGCGAAUGAUCCUCCGCACGCAAGGCCUGCGCCAGCUCACCAUCAUCUCGCCUCCCGCACCGCAUCCAAACCACGGAGGGCCGUCCCACCCCAGCCAGACGCUGUCAAGCGCCGGAUGUCACGGAACCUCCAGCGGCGGAGGUCUUAUGAUGACUCCCAGCGGACGUUCCGCUCCUCCGAGCCGCGGACCUACCACCUUCUGCAGACGUCCACCUUACUCCACUGAGUCGGAAGAACUCCCCGGAUGCGCAAAUUGCGCCUCCUGCAGCCAGCAAGAUUGCGGCGCUUCCGCGCAAUCCCCCCCGCCCCGACAUCCGCGGGAAUUCAUCUUCGAGGCGUGGAUGCGCCACGUCGGAUCGUCUCUGCACUCUCUCACCCUCUCACGCGCUCCUCCCGCCACGAGUUCCGCGAAGCGCCCUCGCGGCAACGGCACCAGCGGCCGCGGCGGCGGCGGCAGCGGCGACGGGAGCGUGGUGGUGAACCUGUGGGAGGAGGAGGACGCGAGUCUGCAUCUCGCGCACGUUUCCCGCCACUGCACCAACCUGCGCUCGCUCUCAUUGGGCCACGUGUCCCUCUCCGCGCCGACCCUGCUCGCCACUCUCAAGUCCAUGCCGGCCCUGCAGCACCUCUCGCUCUCGUGGCUCCACGCGUCCCCCGCCGCGCUUCACGCCGUGCUAGACGCCGCGCCGAACCUCCGCCACCUCACGAUCUUCAUGGCGUCGGGAUUCCCUUACCUAGAACUACGCCUUCCCCCGUCCCUGCAGCACCUCUCGCUCUCCUACAUCCGCGCGGAAUCCGUCUCGCUUCACUCCGCGCGCUCCCUCCAAUCCCUCUCUAUCCGCGACAUGUUUCUCAGCGCGCUCUCCAUCCGCGACGCGCCCAACCUGCGCCAACUAUCCGCCGCUUCCGCCAAUUCCCUGCUCGUCUCCGCGCCUCACUCUAACCGGCUCGAAUCGAUCGACCUCCGUGCGGGCUCGCUCAACUGGGCCGCCACCGAAACCCUAAUUUCAUCCAAUUCGGCUGCACUCGAGUCGCUCUCCCUCGAUUUUUUUGCCACCAGCAGCUCGGGCCUGCCCUCGGUUUCGUCGCUGCCCUGGCUUGCGCGGAACUGCCCGGGGUUGAGAAGUUUGCGAUUGGGUGCGCUGGCGUGGCAGAAUAUGGUUGACUCGGCUGUGGUGUCUGGCUUUCUACAGUCACAGUGGAAAACUGGUUCAGAUGAGGGGGAGGAGGAGGACGAUGAGGAAGAGGAAGGGGACAUGGAUGACAUGGAUGACAUGGAGUAUGAUGGAGAUUAUGAUGCUACUUGCAUCGAUGAGCAUGAGGAGGCAGAUGAGGAGAGAUUCUACACUGACGGGGAGACAAACUACUUCUCAGACGCUUCUGCUCCACUUUCUGCCCCAAGAGCGUGA